AUGGCACCCAAAGACGAGAGGCGGUCUCUUCUCAGCGGGACUGACCUUAUCCACGCUGACGAUGAUAUACACCGCUCUGGUUCCGAUGUAGCACCCGCUAUUUCAGUUACGACCAGCGAGUCAUUCAAAGCUCCGAGACCCGACGCUGGAGUCAAGAAGGCGUCUGAAAUUGAUGUGUUUGAUCUAUUGAAUCCGCCUAGGCACAUAUACUCCCGCUAUACACAGGGCGUAAGCUCUCGCGCGGAAAAAGUUUUGAGCCAUAUCAACGGAGGCUUCGCUAUCACAUAUGCCUCAGGACUAGCCGCCUGUUACGCAGCUUUGGUGUACUACCAACCGAAGAGAAUCGCUAUCACUCAGGGAUACCACGGGUGUCAUGCUACUAUCGAAGUCUACAGGAAGACGCGUGGCGGCAACGUGGAGAUAAUAGGCAUAGAUGAUGACUUCCAGACUGGCGACUUGUGUUGGUUAGAAACACCUCUGAAUCCGACCGGAGAAGCCAGAGACAUCCAAUUCUAUGCGGACAAGGUUCAUGCUGUGGGAGGGAAACUUGUAGUAGAUUCAACCUUCGCCCCUCCACCGUUGCAAUAUCCCUUUAAAUGGGGAGCGGAUUGUGUUAUGCAUAGCGGCACCAAAUACUUCGGUGGACACUCUGACCUUCUAUGUGGCGUCCUAGUGGUCAAGACGGCCGAUGAAUGGGGGAAGCUAUGGAACGACCGAACUUUCUUAGGCAAUAUGAUGGGUUCCCUCGAGUCAUGGCUCUUAUUGCGUUCACUUCGUACAUUGCACGUGCGGGUGCCCAAACAGUCUGUCACCGCAACUGGACUCGCCCAGUGGCUCAGUCAAGCUUCGCAAACUCGUUCCGGCCAGUCAUUCGACGGCGUACCCGGCGGGCUUAUCGAGAAAGUCUGGCAUUCGUCCUUGCAAGGGAAGGAUGAACGCGGUUUCGAGCCUAGCAAGCAGCUGGAAGGCGGUUGGAACGCAACUUUCGCUAUAUUGCUGGCUAAAGCCGACCACGCUACCCAGCUCCCCCAUCUCGUCAAGUAUUUCAUCCCUGCGACGAGUUUGGGCGGAGUGGAAUCACUUAUGGAGCAACGCGUCCAAUCGGAUCCCGGAGCUGACCCCAGACUGAUCAGGAUCAGUGUCGGCGUCGAAGAACUUGAGGAUUUGAAAGAUGAUCUGAGGAAGGCAUUCCAAGAUCUUGUGAAGGGUAGUGCCAAGUUGUAGCUUAGCUUAGGUACCCGGCUGGUGGCUUGCCACACCGCUGCUGGAUUUAGAGGUACGGUCCCCAUUCGAGGGGAUCUGAGGCGGGGUGUAAUCUCGAUACUCAAACUCGAGUUUAGGUUAGGGUUAGAUUCAAUCAAGAUUGCAUUUUCGGAUUGGCGUUCGCGAAGCGAUACCAAUCAAAGAUCAAAUAGCCGCCCAGUGCAUGGAGUUCCCCGUGAAUAAAGAGCGC